UUCAAACCCCCAACCCCAAUGACCCCGGUUUUCUGCCCUACCCGCGCUUGCACCUCUUGUGUUUUCUUCUUCCUCGUCAGCCUCUCUAGGUGCAGAGACCUUCUUCAUUUUCUUGAACCUUAGCCUAAGAUUCUUGAAUUUAAACCCAAAAUGAUCAUUUCCACAAGUUUUUUUUCUCUCUCCACUUCAUGAGAAUCUGAGUUGACAAAGGCAUGCCCUUUAACAUCCUUAUCAAAAAGGCAUGCCCUUUAACACUUUCACUACCAAACAGUUCAUCAGCUCAAACCUAAUCCCAUGUAAGUCUGUAUCUAACUUCACCAUUUACCACUUCUUUUCAGCUCUUUCCAACCCGUCUCAUACUGACCAUGAAAUAGAAGCUGCCUCUUCUGAUAGUUCUUUUGAAGUUGCCCCAAAUCUCAAGUUGGCUUCUCCUGAAACUGAAAUAAAAAUGCCCCCUUUUGAUAAUUCAUUUAAUUUUUCCUCAAAACCCAAGUUGGGUUCUUGUGAAACUGAAACGAAAAUGCGCACUUCUGAUAAUUCAUUUAAAUUCGCCCCAAAACCCAAGUUGGGUUCUUGUGAAACUGAAAUGGAAAUACCAAUUUCAGAUAAGUUAUUCAAAGAGGCCCCAAAGUUAGGUUCUUUCAAAAUGGGCGAUUCUACAUUCUAUUCCCUUGUUGAGAAAUAUGCUAGUUCUGGGGACUUCAGGUCUUUGGAGAUGGUUUUUGAUAGAAUGAAGCGCGAAAAAAGAGUCUUUAUUGAGAAGAGUUUUAUCUUAGUGUUUAGAGCUUAUGGAAAAGCCCGUUUUCCUGAAAAAGCUGUUGAAUUGUUUGAUAGAAUGGUGGAUGAGUUUCAAUGUAAACGAACCGUGAAGUCGUUUAAUUCUGUUCUUAAUGUGAUAGUUCAGGCAGGCUUAUAUCGUCGUGCAUUAGAUUUUUAUGCUCGUGUUGUAAAUAAUAGUAAUAUUAUGCCAAAUGGGCUUUCUUUUAAUUUAGUUAUUAAGACUAUGUGUAAGCUUCGGAUGGUCGAUAGAGCUCUGGAGGUGUUCAGAGAAAUGACUUCUCGGAAAUGUGAGCCGGAUGUUUAUACGUAUUGCAUUUUGAUGGAUGGCUUGUGCAAGGAUGACCGGAUUGAUGAGGCGGUUAUUCUUUUGGAUGAAAUGCAGAUAGAGGGAUGUUUUCCUGUUCCAGUAACAUUUAAUGUGUUGAUUAAUGGGCUUUGCAAGAAAGGUGACUUGGCUCGAGCUGCAAAGCUUUUGGAUAACAUGUUUCUUAAAGGGUGUGUCCCCAAUGAAGUGACUUAUAACACGCUUAUACAUGGUUUGUGCCUCAAAGGUAAGUUGGAGAAAGCUGUUAGUUUAUUGGAUAGAAUGGUGUCAAAUAAGUAUGUCCCGACUGAUGUAACCUAUGGUACUAUUAUCAAUGGGUUCGUUAAGCAAGGAAGAGCAAGUGAAGGCGUGCAGAUCUUGUUGGCAAUGCAGGAGAAAGGACAUCUGGCAAAUGAAUAUGUCUACUCAGCGCUAGUUAGUGGGUUGUUUAAAGAGGGAAAACCUGAAGAGGCGUUAAAAAUAUGGACGGAAAUGAUAGAAAAGGGAGUGAAGCCUAAUACAGUUGUUUAUUCUGCUUUUAUAGAUGGCUUGUGUCAAGAAGGCAGAUCUGACGAAGCUAAGGAGAUCCUUUCUGAGAUGAUUAAAAUGGGUUGUACUCCCAAUGCUUACACGUACUGCUCUCUAAUGAAAGGGUACUUUAAAACCGGUGACAGCAACAAGGCUAUAUUUGUAUGGAAAGAAAUGGCGACCAGUGGUAUCACAUGUAAUGAAAUCUGCUACAGUGUACUUAUCCACGGACUGUGUCAAGACGGGAAGCUCAAAGAGGCUAUGAUGAUGUGGAAGCAAAUGUUAGGCAAAGGAUUGGUCCCUGAUGCCGUGGCUUAUAGUUCAAUGAUUCACGGUCUUUGCAAUGUUGGGUCUGUGGAUCAGGGAUUGAGACUUUUCAAUGAGAUGCUAUGUAGAGGAUCUGAUUCUCAGCCUGAUGUAAUAGCAUAUAACAUAAUUCUAAAUGCUUUAUGCAAGGUGGAUAGAGUUUCUCUAGCAAUUGAUCUUUUGAAUAGUAUGUUGGAUCAAGGUUGUGAUCCCGAUGCAGUUACAUGUAAUAUUUUCUUGAAAACUUUAAAAGAAAAAGAAAAUGUAUCCCGAGAUGGGGAAGACUUCCUGGAUAAGCUGGUGCUGCAACUGUAUAGGCGACAGAGAAUUGUAGGAGCUUCAAGAAUUAUAGAAGUGAUGCUUCAAAAAUUUGUUUAUCCCAAGUCCUCUACUUGGGAAAUGAUUAUUCGAGAACUCUGCAAACCAAAGAAGGUUCAAGGAGCUAUUAACAAGUGUUGGAGUGACCUUUUCAUCUGAUAUUAGAGCUAUUAGAAUUAUUAAUUUUCGCAACUAACUUGGGAUCACAAUGGUGGGUGAAAGAGAUAAUGUGAGUGUGGUGGUUGCAUAUGAGAAGCUUGAAACUCAAGUUGACAAUGGUAGCGAGGACUCCACAGGGUCAUCACAUGAUGCUUUCAUGAUGUGCAAGAGGUUGAGGCAUGAAAAAGCAGUAGAAGAUGACAAAAUUUCGGUGGCUGCAGCGAGUGGCAUUACUGUUUUAGUCUAGUAAUAUUCAUUUGAAAGUUUUCAAAAUUCAGAUGUUUCUCAGUUUUUGAAUUCUUAAGUACCAUUUUCUAGGUUCAUUUAUCCAUCAAAUACACUCUUUUUUUUAAGGACAUGAAGCUACAUGAUUUUCAUUGGGAUGAUAUGGAUCCAACUUAUUUUGGUGCUUUUAUGAAUGAUCAUUAUGCAGAAAUUGUAACUUUUGGGGACAUAUUUUGUCAAGUGGCACUCGGAUAUGUGGCAUGGAAGUUGGUACCGAUGCUUCUGAGAAGCAUUGCUCGGGUUUUAGAAAAGUUCAAGAAAAUAUGAAAAUGAUACAAACACUACUAGUUCCUUGAAGAAUAAGUGCGACGGGGACUCAAGUCCAAGAUUUCUUGGUAGGUGUAAAAAUCUUAUGACCUGGCUUUUUCCACGUCUUCUUCCGAG